AUGCGGUUUUCUUUGUUUUUCAUGAGACUACGAUCCAAUGAGAUCGUAAGAUCGAAUUUCCCUAGAGUAACUUCACAAGCCACACGGACAAGGGUUGGUGAAGCCGGCGAUCCAUGCCUGACGUCCUCCGGCCUUCCACGCAGCGGAGUCAGCGGCCGCCGCCGCUCCAGCUCACACGUGCGCCGCCACCACGUGUCGCCCCGCGCCGAGCACCGCCGCGGUAUCUGUAAAGACGCCCUUGUCGCCUCCCGGAAUCACCCCACCACCCCGCGCAUUUAUUCCCCUCCCGUCCUCGCCCCCGCGCCAUGCCGUCGCGCCCCUCCUCCCCUCCCACGCCCGCCUCUCCGCCCGUCCGACACCGCCCGUCCCACGCUGGCGCCGCCCCCCUCCGCCGUCGCCGUCGCCGCCACCAUGCCGGAGCCUGACGACGAGGGGGCGGGGCAGCAGCAGCAGCCGAAGGGGGGACCCGCGCUCGAGGGCCUCGUGGUGGGGAGCUACUGCCACGACGUGCUCCUCCGGGGCGGCCGCGUCGUGGGCGAGACGCUCGGCGGCGCGGCGGCCUUCGUCUCCAACGUGCUCGACGCCGCGUCGCCCCCGGACGCCUCCUUCGCCGUCGUGUCCAAGGUCGGGCCCGACUUCGCCUACGCCUCCGCGCCGGCGCCCGCGCGGCACCCGCCGCUGCUCUGCCCCGCGCGGCCCACCACCUCCUUCCACGCCCGGUUCUCCGACGCGGCCGCGUCCGCGCACGCGCCCGACAGGCAGCUCAGGCGCGUCCACGCCUGCGAUCCGAUCUACCCCGAGGACCUCCCCGACCGCCGCUUCGCCUACGGCCUCGCCGUCGGCGUCGCCGGGGAGGUGCUGCCGGAGACGCUCGAGCGGAUGAUUCGGCUCUGCCGCGCGGUGCUCGUGGACGCGCAGGCGCUGAUCCGGGCCUUCGACGCAGAGGGCGACGGCAGCGGCGCUGCCGUCCGCCACGUGGCGCUGGAGGAUACGCCGUACGCGCGGCUUCUGCAGCGGGUAGCGUUCCUCAAGGCGUCGUCGGAGGAGGCGCCGUACGUGGGGGUGGAGACGGCGAGACGGUGCUGCUGCGUGAUCGUGACGGAGGGGAGGGAUGGGUGCCGGCUGUAUUGGGACGGCGGGGAGGCACGCGUGGCGCCGUUCCCCGCCGUCCAGGUGGAUCCUACAGGUGCCGGAGACAGCUAUCUCGCCGGUUUCGCGGCCGGUCUGCUUUGGGGGCUCUCAGCUACGGACGCUGCGCUGCUUGGUAACUUCUUCGGCGCAGCUGCUGUCUCCCAAGUCGGCGUUCCCACCUUCCAUCCCAAGAUGUUGCAGGCUGUCAGACGGAUACUCGAGGACAAGGCGAUACCACGGUCUAGUCCAUGUAUAAACGGCGCCACCUUCACCUUCCAGAGAUCGAUUAUGCACGAUGAGCUACACGCAUCCCUGGAGGAAGCAGCGAGGCUGAUGCGCGAUCAGUCACCACCAGCAACUGAAAACGGCGAUGGUAUUCUCUCGGCACAAGAGCCGACUUCACCGCCAAGUGGAUGCUGA